AGACGAAGUAUAACAUAGAUUUAUGUAAUUAAAGAGUACGAGUUUUUGAUAGGAAACUGUUUACGAAGAUGUCUUAUUGCUUAAUAUCAUGGGGCGCUAAUUCUCAUGGUCAACUCGGGCAAGGGAGUCAGUCCGAAGAAUGCAUUUUACCUCGUGAAGUUGAUUUAUCAAAUUGCUCGUUGAAACCGCAAAAAAUAAAAAAAAUAGUUGGUGGUGCUGGGCAUACGUUAAUUCUGGAUGAUAACGGUCACGUUUAUACCUGCGGAUGGAACAAUAGAGGACAACUUGGUUUUCCUGUAAAGGAAGAAGUUUUGUCCUUACAAAGAAUAUGUAGGAAAUUCAAGGAAAAAGUUGCUGACAUAGCAUGCGGUUGGGACUGUUCCGCGGCACUAACAAAAAAUGGGAGAUUAUUUUUAUGGGGGUCAAAUUGUUUUGGACAACUGGGUAAGGACCCAAAGAGCUUACAGUGGACGCACGAACCUUUUGAAAUUGCAACGGGACGGAAAAUUAAAGGCGUCUCGAUGGGCUUAAGACACACUGCCCUAGUGACAGAGGAUUAUAAAGUUUUAUUAACUGGUACGGGUAGUAAAGGGCAAUUAGGUCUCCACGGUUUCAAUAGCCCGAGGAACGACAGGACUCGACAGGCAGUGUACACGUUCACAGAAGUUCCAACGCUAACGAAUAUAAGGAACGUUAGCUGCGGACAGAAUCAUACGAUUGCUGUAGGAACAGAUGGUACAGUUUAUGCAUUUGGUGAUAAUAAACACGGACAAUUAGGAUUAAAUACGGACGAAUAUUUGAAAACAACUAUUCCAACAAAACUGCCACAUGUACGACUUAAGUUUCCUGUUGAAGUACAUAGUGGUUGGUCCCAUGUAAUUACUUUGAACGCAGAUAAUGAAAUAUUUUGCUGGGGUCGAAAUACGUAUGGACAAUUAGGUGUAGCGGAACUCGUAAAAUCAUCAACUUGGAAAAUGACGCGUAUCGAAAGUUUAUCAAGAGUUUAUCAAGUUUCUGUCGGUUCUGAACACAAUGUUGCUUUAACUGAGGAUCGAAAAAUUUUCUGUUGGGGUUGGAAUGAACAUGGAAAUUGUGGAAACGGUCAUACGAAUGACCUUGCAAAUCCGGAACAGCUUUUACUUCCGUAUGAUUAUACGGGAAUUCUUGUCGGAAGUGGAUCGGGUCAUUCCUUUGCUGUACUAAAGAAAUCUUGAAUUAUUUUAAGAAAAAAAAAAAUCUUUAGGACAUCUUUUCGAUUCUAGUAUUGUACAAUUCUUGUAAGAUAUGUGUAUGUAUAUAAUAAGCAUUACAGUGUGUAAUGCGAAGAGAAAUAAAGUUUUAAUAUUGUUCA